AUGGAUUGGCAGCCAGAUGAGCAGGGACUACAGCAAGUGCUGCAGCUACUCAAAGAUUCCCAGUCUCCUAACACGGCCACGCAGCGUGUUGUCCAAGAUAAACUGAAACAACUGAACCAAUUCCCCGACUUCAAUAACUACCUGAUAUUUGUCUUGACACGGCUGAAAUCGGAAGACGAACCGACUCGCUCGCUCAGCGGGCUGAUCCUGAAGAACAACGUGAAGGCGCACUACCAGAGCUUCCCCCAGCCCGUGGCGGAGUUCAUUAAACAGGAAUGUCUGAACAACAUUGGCGACGCUUCCUCUCUUAUCCGAGCCACUAUCGGGAUUCUAAUUACCACCAUAGCUUCCAAGGGGGAGCUUCAGAUGUGGCCGGAGCUCCUGCCGCAGCUAUGCAACUUGCUGAACUCCGAAGACUACAACACGUGUGAGGGGGCCUUCGGUGCCUUGCAGAAGAUCUGUGAGGAUUCUUCCGAACUCCUGGACAGCGAUGCUCUGAAUCGACCCCUGAACAUCAUGAUUCCCAAGUUCCUUCAGUUCUUCAAGCACUGCAGCCCCAAGAUCAGGUCCCAUGCCAUCGCCUGUGUGAAUCAGUUCAUCAUGGACCGAGCUCAGGCGCUGAUGGAUAACAUCGACACCUUCAUCGAGCACUUGUUCGCUCUGGCGGUGGACGAAGACCCCGAGGUUCGGAAGAACGUCUGCCGAGCGCUGGUGAUGCUGCUAGAGGUCCGGAUCGAUCGUCUGAUCCCUCACAUGCACAGUAUCAUUCAGUACAUGCUGCAGAGGACCCAGGACAACGACGAGAACGUGGCCUUGGAAGCCUGCGAGUUCUGGCUGACGCUAGCCGAGCAGCCCAUCUGCAAAGAGGUGCUGUCCUCGCAUCUAGUGCAAUUGAUUCCGAUCUUGGUGAAUGGAAUGAAAUACUCUGAAAUCGAUAUCAUAUUGCUAAAGGGGGAUGUGGAAGAGGACGAGGCCAUCCCGGACAGCGAGCAGGACAUCAAGCCCCGUUUCCACAAGUCGCGCACCGUCACGCUGCAGCACGAGGAGGACCGGACGCAGGAUGACGAGGACGGGGAGGAUGAGGACGACGACGACGACACGCUGUCGGACUGGAACCUGAGGAAGUGUUCGGCCGCGGCCCUGGACGUCCUGGCCAACGUGUUCCGAGACGAGCUCCUCCCGCACCUCCUCCCGCUGCUUAAGGGGCUGCUCUUCCACCCCGAGUGGGUCAUCAAAGAGUCCGGCAUUCUAGUCCUGGGGGCCAUUGCUGAAGGCUGCAUGCAGGGCAUGGUGCCCUACCUCCCUGAGCUCAUCCCGCACCUGAUCCAGUGCCUCUCGGACAAGAAGGCCCUGGUGCGCUCCAUCGCCUGCUGGACCCUCAGCCGCUACGCCCACUGGGUGGUGAGCCAGCCCCCCGACAUGCACCUCAAGCCGCUGAUGACGGAGCUGCUCAAACGCAUCCUCGACAGCAACAAGAGGGUGCAGGAGGCAGCCUGCAGCGCCUUUGCAACCCUGGAGGAGGAGGCUUGCACGGAGCUGGUCCCUUACCUCAGCUUCAUCCUGGACACCCUGGUGUUUGCCUUUGGGAAAUACCAGCACAAGAACUUGCUGAUCCUGUACGAUGCAAUUGGCACCCUCGCCGAUUCCGUGGGGCAUCACCUAAACCAACCGGAGUAUAUCCAGAAGCUGAUGCCCCCUCUGAUCCAGAAGUGGAAUGAACUGAAGGAUGAGGACAAGGAUCUCUUCCCUCUGUUAGAAUGCUUGUCGUCUGUAGCAACCGCUCUCCAGAGUGGCUUCCUUCCGUACUGUGAACCCGUCUACCAGCGCUGCGUGACGCUGGUGCAGAAAACGCUGGCGCAGGCCAUGAUGUACAAUCAGCAACCGGACCAGUAUGAGGCCCCCGACAAAGAUUUCAUGAUCGUGGCGCUGGAUCUGCUGAGCGGCUUGGCGGAGGGCUUAGGGUGCCACGUGGAGCAGCUGGUGGCCAGAAGCAACAUUAUGACGUUGCUUUUCCAGUGCAUGCAGGACACCAUGCCGGAGGUUCGGCAGAGCUCCUUCGCCCUCUUGGGAGACCUCACCAAAGCCUGCUUCAUGCACGUCAAGCCCUGUAUCGCUGAGUUCAUGCCCAUCCUGGGCACCAACCUGAACCCGGAGUUUAUCUCGGUGUGCAAUAACGCUACCUGGGCCAUUGGGGAGAUCUGCAUGCAGAUGGGGGCGGAAAUGCAGCCGUACGUCCAGAUGGUCCUGAACAACCUAGUGGAGAUUAUCAACCGGCCAAACACCCCCAAAACGCUGCUGGAGAACACAGCCAUCACCAUCGGACGCCUGGGUUACGUUUGCCCUCAAGAGGUCGCGCCAAUGCUACAGCAGUUUAUCAGACCCUGGUGUACGUCUCUGCGGAACAUCCGUGAUAACGAAGAGAAGGACUCUGCCUUCCGCGGCAUCUGCAUGAUGAUCGGGGUGAAUCCCGGCGGAGUCGUGCAGGACUUUAUUUUCUUCUGCGAUGCUGUUGCUUCGUGGGUGAGCCCUAAGGACGACCUGAGGGACAUGUUUUAUAAGAUUCUUCAUGGCUUCAAAGACCAAGUUGGCGAGGAGAACUGGCAGCAGUUCUCGGAGCAGUUCCCGCCUCUGCUGAAGGAGAGGCUAGCUGCAUUCUACGGGGUCUAGGCAACGCAGAGAAACCGAACUAGGUUCCUGUAUGUGCUGGGAGGGUUACUGGGAACUCGUCCACAGGUGUUGCAGAGCCCUGUUAAUGGGGGGUUAGGGAGGAAGGGAGGAGCAUUGUGGGACAUAAAAUGACUUCCCUCCCAUCUCCUGAAAUUUAAAGGGGGGGGACCGCCGAGAUCAAUUCAAACAAGCAACCAGGGAAUCUCAGCGAUUGGGAAAAGGGGCUCUUUCCUCCUUUUUCAGGGGUCAUCUCUGGUAGAUGGGGAUGGGGUGGGGGUUGGCCGUGGGCCGAAAUAGGGGAGCGAUCUUAAACUGCAACACUUCCUGAGAAGGGGAUCUAACUAGGGCCAUAAUAGAAAAGGACUAGCUAAUAAUAAUAAUAAUUAAAAAAAAAAAAUCAUUUAAAGGCUAGGUUUUAAAAACAAAGAUAUGAAUAAAAAGCUAAAAUUGGAUAAAAAGUUCGAAUGGUUAAAAAUCUAGCUGUCGAGAACGGAAGGGUCAAACUCUAAUAAACACAAGGUUAUACUACUGUAUAAAUAUUACCAGUCACCGGUGUUUGAGAUCAGCUUUUCCUCACCUCUUCCAGACUGCAUGGUGACAGAAGUAGACUAGCAAUCCUGUGAGUAGCCCAUAAUUAAGUGUAAUCGUUUUUCAUCUAGAAACUUAAAACAGCAAGAAAAAAACCUUUUCUGAAAUAGUUUCCAUGGCAGCGUUUACUGGAUGCGAUGCAUAAAACCCCCCAACCCAUAAGGAUCUCCUGAGCGGAGAUCCAGUCGAUUUCUAUUGUGAAGGGGGCCCUUGUAACAAAUACUGUCGGAGAAGCAUGUUUUUUAU